AUGAUGGUGUAUUCUAGCGGUGCGCUUGGAGGCUUGGAGAUGGUGGACGGCGAGUUGGCAGCCCAUGUGCUCAGUGCACAAGCUGCCGCCCACGCGGCUGCUACGGCAGCGGCACAUCAACAACAGCAGCAGAUUGCUGUUCAGCAAAUAAGUCUUGUUCCAGAAACCUCGCCUUCAUCGGGCCGAUCGACCCCAGUUACAAGCAAUGCUGGUACUACAUCUCCAUCGCCAAGUAAACUCUUCGUCGGAGGGCUCAGCUGGCAAACAAGCUCAGAGAAGCUCAGGGAGUACUUCGCAAUGUUCGGGGCUGUUACUGAUGUACUUAUCAUGAAGGAUCCUGUGACACAGCGUUCGCGCGGCUUUGGUUUCAUCACGUUUCAGGAGGCCUCAUCCGUGGACAAGGUCCUCGCCGUGCCCGUCCACACUCUGGACGGAAAGCGCAUCGACCCUAAACACGCGACACCAAAAUCCGCCCCGAAACCGACUAAAACAAAAAAGAUAUUCGUCGGCGGAGUCGGGCAGGACACUUCCGCGGAGGAGGUGCGCGCCUAUUUCUCGCAAUUCGGUCUCGUCGAAGACGCCGUGAUGCUAAUGGACCAGCAGACGAAGCGUCACCGCGGAUUCGGUUUCGUCACCUUUCACUCGGAGGAGGCAGUCGAGCGAGUCUGCGAAAUACAUUUCCACACAAUAAAGAAUAAGAAAGUCGAGUGCAAGCGCGCUCAGCCAAAGGAAGCGGUAGCGGCGACGCCGUUGGCGCUCGGCAAGCGUCUGGUCCUUCGACCCGGACGCGGGUUAGUGUACGCCGGCGGAGUGGGCGCGGUACCGGCCGUCGGCGCGCACGCUUAUAGAUACGCUCCGUACGCUCUUCCGACAGCCGCGACCGCCGCCACAGCCUUAGUAGCUCCUCCCGCCCCAGCUCCGGCCCCCACCUUACCCCAAUUCGGAGCCGCGUACUCUCUUGCCGGUGUCGAUAUGUCAUCUUUCCAGAGCGUCGAUUGGAGCGCAAUGUAUGGCGUGCCGAUGUACAUCUAA